AUGUGGACGCUUCUGGGAAAGAGGAAUGCCUUCUCUGCUAUCAUGACAACCCUCCCGGUUGGUCCCGGUGCACCUCAGAUGGAACAGGCUGCAUCUUUUCGCUCCUACGUGUGGAAAGGGAUGCAGGAGAAGUUCUUGAGAGGGGAACCUAAAGUCCUUGGGGUUGUCCAGAUAUUGACUGCAUUAAUGAUCCUCUCUUUGGGAAUAAUAAUGAUGUGUGUCUCCUUCACAUUUUAUGGACCAAAUCCUGUUUCAGUCUACAUGGGGUACUCAGUGUGGGGGCCAGUGAUGUUCAUUCUAUCAGGUGCCUUUUCAAUUGCAGCUGCAAAUAGAACUUCAAAAGGUCUGGUUCAAGGAAGCCUAGGGCUGAAUAUCACCAGUUCAGUCAUGUCUGCCACAGGCAUCAUAAUGACUGCGGUCAGCUUGAGUGUUUACUCAUUCUAUUAUCCUCAUUGUGACAGUGGACAUCCACCAGGAAACUGUGACAUGAUCGUGACCAUCUUAACAGGCAUGGAUGCCAUCGUGCUCCUUCUCAGUGUGCUGGAGUUCGCUAUCACUGUGUCCCUCUCCGCCUUUGGAUGCAAAGUAACCUGUUGUAACCCUGGUGGGAUUGUGUUAGUCAUGCCCACAAAUCCUCAUGCGGCAGAAGCAGCACUUCCUACAUCACCGGCAGAAGAUUCAGAGCCUCAAACGAAACACCAGAAAUAUCUUCCAGAAUAUUCGUCUUGA